AUGGCCACUAAAAAUGUACAGCAUACUGUACCUACGUAUAAAACAUUGAAUCAAGACCAAGAAGCUCUUUUUCGAAGCUGUCGAACUGGCGAUAUAAGCAAGAUCCAGUAUUUAUUCGAAUAUUGUGAUAUUGAAGUUAACUUAAGAGAUGCAUGGGACGCUACACCUCUAUACUAUGCCUGUUUAUGUGGUCACAAGGAAAUAGUACAAAUAUUGCUAGCAAACGGAGCAAAGUGUAACGCCACCACUUUUGAUGGAGAACGCUGCCUUUACGCUGCGCUCUACGAUGAAAUCCGUAAUCUUCUUCGUUCACGUCGCGCUAUCACUAGCCAUACAAUGAGAAGAGAUGCUUACCAUGAAUUUCUUAGAAGGUACUGUAUCCUUAACAAUGUCUUUAAUGCUUACAUAUCUAAUGUCAAUCUAAAAUCUACUACUCAUUGUCUAAAAGUUAACGCUGCAGGUGCUAUGAGGAGGCACCGCAUGCUGAUUUUAAAUUUAGGUUACGUUGAUGUUCUAUUGGAAGAAGCGAGCAGUUUCUCUGAGCUAGCAAAGCAGUGUGGCCUCCAGGAAUUAAGAAAUCGUCUUAUAUCUGAAUCGCAGCUUGCAAUUAAAUUCUCGUUAUCAAAGUCUCAUUCUCAAGUUAAUAUGAUAACGAUAAUGGAAGAUGAGGGCCAAAUUAGCGUACAGAACCACAUGAAAAUUCUUGUCAACAGACUUUUACCAAAAGAAUUUAGAUCAGAUCUUGAUGAGCUAUUUGAUAACUUCGAACCAUUAAACUCCAUACUGCGUCCUGAUCUAAUAUUCUGUGUUGGAGGUUAUAAAUUUUAUGGGCAUAAGGUGUUCUUUUGUGAACGUAGUGACUACUUUAAAGCCCUACUGCUAGGCAAUUUUGCCGAAUCAAUUGUGAGCAAUUGCUCUGAAGAAAUUCCAGUCAUUAACCUGAAUGAUUGCACACCUGAUAUUUUUAGUAUUGUGAUGGUAUUCAUCUAUGCCGGCGAUGUAAAGAUUCCAUGUGACCUUACACAGGAAAUAUUAUAUGCUGCUGAUAAAUAUCUUAUUCCCGGAUUAAAGAGGCAUUGUUGUAAGGUGAUAAUUCAAAACUUACAAACGGACAACGUAAUACAGUUAUUAGAAACUGCCAGGUUAUUGACUAUGCCUAAACUGGAGCUGGAGUGUACACGGUUUAUUUCCAAACACCUACUUGAGAUGGUCGAACGCGAUGAUUUUGCGAAAAUAAUCAUCGAUGAUGCGACAAGUAUAAUUCAACGACAAGAAACAGAUUCUAUUCCCAUAAUCGAUGAAGUCAGAUAUCAUCUUGGAGAGGAAAGUCUACAGCAAUCUUCCGAAAAAUAUAAUGAGAUUCUCUUGAAAAAUAAUGCCCUAGAUAAGCUCUUGAUGAAUCUAAAUAUCGAAUGUUAA